AUGGCACACGCGACUCGCAUCGCGCGGCAGGCAGUGCAGGCCGCGACGAGCGCGCGCGCGCGAUUCUCUACGGAGGCGGCGAAAGCUUCGCGCGAGACGCUGCUGGUGGAGGACGACGCGGCGCUGCGCAAGUACAACCCGCAGAAGGCCGCGCUCGCCACCUGCAACACCGUUGGUAACGCCGUCACCGCGCUCGUGCUCGCAGCGGGAGCCCACACGGCAGCGGGGCAUCCGUUCAUCACCAUCACGCGCAUCGCCAUGCUUGCGGCCACUGCUAUCAUGCUCUCAACUCCACUGCCCACUGAGCGCCGUCGCGACGAGGUCCGUGCGAGCUGCCAUGCGGAAGGCCGUGGUGGCGACGGGGGCUUUAGUGAAUGCGAGAAUGUGAUCUCGUCGCGCCGGCUUCUUGCGUUCCUUCGUAGUUGCUCCACGCCGUUGGCGAGCUCUGGCGAAAUUGUUGGCGAAAGCGCGGAGAAAGCGAGGCGAAGAAUGGUCGAGGCGUUUCUUGGCGCGCGAGAGGCGCGGGCGAGCGUUACGAGACGCUCCCGUGCUGCCAGCGAGUCGCUGAUGAACCGGAAAUUAAGCACACGGCACGCGCAGAGUGGAGGCGGGAGAGGCGGGUGUGAGUGGGGUGGCACGGGGGAUGGGGGUGGUGGCAAGGGGGAUGGGGGUGGUGGCGUGGGGGAUGGGGGUGGUGACGCGGGGGAUGGGGGUGGUGGCGCGGGGGAUGGGGGUGGUGACGCGGGGGAUGGGGGUGGUGACGCGGAAUGGCUCGGCGGCCGCAGCAGCGACGAGGAGGAGGAGAAGGCGAGCGGCGGCGGCGAGGACGCGCGCGACGAGGCGCAGCUGGGCGAGCUGCUCCCCGUGGCCGGCUCUGUGUGGCAAGCGGACGCGCCACAGGCGGAAGUGGGGCAGGCGGAAACUGCUGAGGCGGUUACUAGGCAGGCGGAAACGGGUCAGGCGGAAAUCAGGGGGGCGGAAUCGAGGCCAGCGGAAACGGGUCAGGCGGAAACGAGGGGGGCGGAAACGAGGGGGGCGGAGGUGGAGAGGGGAAGGGCGGAGGAGGCGCAAGGAGCGAGCGGAGCUGCUGACGCCCAUGGCGCACCCUCGGCACUGGCGACGCCCUCGGCACUGGCGACGCCGCACCCUGCUCGUGCUCCCGCUGGUGCUGCCACCGCGGCACGCGAGGCGCGCACAGCGCCCGCGCUGGAGGCGUCUGGCGGAGGGGCGGGGCUGUCGCUGCGUGGCCUAGGCGCGGGCGACAGCGGCAGUGCAGGGGAGGGCGGAGGAGGCGGAGAGGGCGGAGGGGAGAGCGAGCAGCGGCGGAUGGUGGCGGCGUUCCUGCGCGCGCGCGAGGCGGGCGCAGUGGUGGCGCGGGGGAGGGGGGGACGAGGCGAGGAGAGGGCGCGCAGGAGGCAGAGGCGCGCAGGCAGGGGCGGACGCGUGGGGAGGGGGCGCUGGCAGGGGGGAAAAGGCGCGAGGCGAGAUGGGGGAGCAGGCAGGGGAGGGGACGUGGAAGGGGGGGACGGAGUGGUUGAGGGCGACGAGGAGCGGCGAGCAGGGCGAGAUGGUGGGCAUGGUGGUGCCGUGCAUGGCAGUGCGACGGACAGCAGCGAGGGCGGCGAGUCAAGCGACGGGCUGGAGGAGCUGAUGGUGGUGGCGGGGUUCGACCGCUGCGACGAGGCCACAAGGCACGAGCAGCACGCUCACGCAGGUGGUGCUGCAGCGCGCAGCACUGUGGUGCUGCCCCGGUUGGCGCGUGUGCAGCACCGCGCUGAGUGGAGCGAAGAGUCGGCAUGCACCCUCCUUGCGACCACCUACAUCGCUCCCCAUGCCUCUGCGUCUGCACGUGUGGCGGAGGGGCAGGGAGGGCCGGCGUUUGAUGCGCGUGGCGAGGUGAAGGAAGCAGGUGAGGAGGGCGGCAUGGUUGCGGUAGGCGAAGGCGACAGGGGGGGUGUGAUGGGUGCGGACGCACUGCGUGGCGGGCGCGUGCACUGGCGUGCGCGGCGACUCUCAUGGGGAGGGGCUGAGUGCGGUGAGAGUGGGAAGGGAGCAGAGGAGGGUGUGAGGCGGACACGAUUGAGAGGGAAUGGGCGUGUGCGAGUGAGUGAGGAGGAGGUGAUGAGGAAGGAGGCGAGUGAGAGCGAGUCUGAUGGGCUGGAGGGGGAAGUCAAGGAGGAGGUGGAGGAGGAGGAGGGGAGGAAGAGGUUCAGGCAGUGGGGGAGUGAGGGCUGUGGGGGGAGGGCGAGACAGGAGCUCAAGGGGCGGAGUGGCGUGCGUGGGCGGAGGGUAGCUGAGGGGGCUCGUGUGGAGGGCUGCAGGGAAGUGGAGAGAGUGAGUGGGGCAGGUAGUGGUGGAGGGGACGAGGUGAUCAGGACGGGCAGGGCAGCGGAGACGAGGAGUGAGAAGGAAAGGGUAAGAGAAGAGAGGGCAAGAGCGGCGAGAAGUGAGGAACGGGUAAGAGGUGGAGACGUGAGCGGCGUUAAGUCCGGGGUGCCCAGUCCCAGGCAGCACGUGCGCGAUGCGACUGGCAAGUUCGCUGCAUGCAGGGUGGUUGAGGAGAAGGGAGUUGGGAAGAAGAGAAGGAGAGGGGAAGGCGAGGAACGCGGUGCGGGUGUGCCGGGCGUAGUGGGGAUGCAGCGAGGAGAGGUGGAGGGAAGAGGCGGUGAGGAGGCAGGGUCAUCCCUGCGGGGCACGGUGCGGGGGGCGCUGCGCAGCAUGGGGCUGUAUGAGGGCAAGCGCGCCAUGGUGGGGGAGGUGCGGCGGCAGGCGGUGGCGGUGGCAGGCAGUGCCAUGCGCGCCGUGCAGGACAGCAGGCGCGAGGAGGAGCGGGCCGUGCGCGCCAUGCGCGCAGCAGAGGCGGCAGAGGCGGCGCGGGUGGCGGCGGUGCAGGUGGAGUGUGACGCGCGCAUCAACGCCUUCAUGCACCGGCUGUUCCAAGGCAUGAGCGCCCUCUGA